ACCACGUCAGUUCUCCACUUUCGCGCGAAACCAUAACCACCAUCAUUCAACCCUGCUUCCUCCUCCUCAUCCUCCCUCUCUCUCUCUCUCCAACGAUUUUUCUCCUGUUUCUUCACCUCCGAAUUAUCAUUUUCGUUUCCUUCGAGUUGCUUUGCUUCUCUUUCUUCUUCCCUCGGAAUCCUAAUUCCGCCCCCAACUCCGUCAUGGAAGAUGAAUAGACUCAUAUCCUACCCAGGUUCCCAGUUCCGCCAGUUCCAGCGCCUCGGCGAAAACCUCGUCAGUCAGUCGUUCUCUGCCUCAAGCGUCGCAGCAGACGAUCACCCUCUCCAUAUUCUAUGGCGCUACCAGAUCCUCGAUCCGGACAGCGACAUUGUCAACUAUUGGAACUAUGUCUUCCUCAUAACCUCCAUUAUUGCUCUCUUCAUCGAUCCUCUCUUUUUCUUCCUCCCCUAUGUCGGUACGGACGGCGUCUGUUUGAGCAACGACAAUCAUCUCGCUGUCCUGAUCACCUUUUUUAGGUCCAUUGCUGACAUGUUCUUCUUGCUGCACAUGCUCAUGAAGUUCCGUACAGCUUUUGUUGCUCCGAAUUCUAGGAUUUUUGGACGGGGUGAACUCGUCAUGGACGCUAGGGAAAUUGCCAGGCGUUAUCUCAAGUCCGAUUUCGUUAUCGAUCUGGCAGCUACGCUUCCGCUUCCUCAGAUUGUCGUUUGGAUAGUCAUUCCAGCCACAAGAGAUAACAGUGCUGAUCAUGCCAAUAAUGCACUUUCUCUCAUGGUUCUUAUUCAAUAUAUUCCCAGAAUUUUUCUUAUCUUCCCUUUGCAUCAACGUAUUGUAAAAACUACUGGCUUUGUUGCCAAAACUGCUUGGGCAGGAGCUGGUUACAAUCUCCUCCUUUACAUGCUUGCCAGUCAUACUUUAGGAGCUUCAUGGUACCUGUUGUCGCUGGCGCGGCAAUUCUACUGCUGGAAGUCAGAGUGUCUCAAGGAGGAUAAGUCAGGAACUAUAGGUUGCAUUAAGCCUUUUCUAGAUUGUAGCAGUUUGGGAAGAUUUGAACGUCAAUACUGGCGGAAUGUCACUAGUGUUGCUGCUAAUUGUGACCCAAAAGACAGCAACAUUUUAUUUCAUUUUGGAAUAUUUGCUGGUGCUUUUACAAAUGAUGUUGCUACCUCACCGUUUAUUCAUAAGUACUUGUAUUGUCUUUGGUGGGGCUUAAGAAAUUUAAGUUCAUAUGCACAAACUUUGGAGACAAGCACAUUUCUUGGUGAGAACAUUUUCUGCAUAGUUACAUGUAUUCUUGGUUUAGUUCUUUCAGCACAGUUGAUUGGCAACAUGCAGACUAAUUUGCAAUCUAUGACGGUGAGAGUUGAAGAGUGGAGGAUUAAGCGAAGAGAUACAGAGGAGUGGAUGAGGCAUCGCCAAUUACCUCCAGAUUUGCAGGAACGUGUACGUCGGUUUGUUCAGUACAAAUGGCUUGCUACAAGAGGUGUUCAUGAAGAGUCUAUAUUGCGUUCAUUGCCAUUGGAUCUUCGACGAGAAAUUCAGCAACAUUUACGUCUGAACCUUGUUCGUCGUGUCCAAUUCUUCUCACAAAUGGAUGAACAGCUACUUGAUGCCAUAUGUGAACGCCUUGUGUCUUCUUUGAGUACUCAGGGAACCUACAUAUUUCAAGAAGGUGAUCCCGUAAAUGAGAUGCUGUUUAUAAUUAGAGGACAAUUGGAGAGCUCAACGACUGAUGGAGGAAGAUCUGGAUUCUUUAACUCUAUCACCCUUAGACCUGGUGACUUCUGCGGUGAGGAAUUAUUGACAUGGGCCCUAAUGCCCAAUCCUAGUGCAAACCUUCCUUCUUCAACUCGGACUGUCAGAGCUCUUUCUGAAGUCGAAGCUUUUGCCCUUCAAGCUGAAGACCUUAAAUUUGUUGCACAACAAUUCAAGAGACUUCAAAGCAAGAAGCUACAGCAUGCCUUUAGGUACUAUUCUCAUCAGUGGAGGACAUGGGCAGCUUGCUUGAUUCAAUCUAUUUAUAGAAGGUAUCAGAAAAGAAAGAUGGCAAAAGAGUUGGCUGCACGAGAGAGCCUCGCUUAUAUUUCAAUCCCAGAGGAAGAGUACUACUACUAUAAUGAGCUAGCAGAUGGAGAUUAUGAGAACGAAAGUAAUGAGAGGUUAUCAACUGACGACGCAAACAAUGUUCAGCAUCUAGGAGCCACAAUUUUGGCUUCAAAAUUUGCUGCAAAUACUAGAAGAGGGACUCAACAGAAAGACCAGGUUGAUUCUGCUUCCAGAUUAAAGAUGCCCCAGUUGUUUAAACCUGUUGAGCCUGAUUUCUCUGUACACAAAGAAGAUGUUUAGUUAGUAAAAUAAAAUAAUAAUUAUAAUAAUAAGAAGAAGAUGAAAUUGUAAAGAUGAACUAAUGAGAAAAAUCGUUAGGAACUUGUAUAAUAUUUAUUCUAAUUCAUAUGUAUGUAUAGACUAGCAUUGAUAGUUGCAUUUCCUAAUUCAAU